AGCUCAAAAACCCCACCUAAAUCCCCGUACCGUUCUUCCCAAUCUCUUCAAUGGAGGCGAUCGUCUACCCCACCCUCUCACAUGUGCCUCUGCAAUUCCCAUCACGUGCACACUCGGCCCUUCCAUUCAAAAGGCCCAUGGUGACGACGAUGAAGCCUCUGGUCGUUGCUGCUGUAGCCAAAGGCGCUCCUGAAAUCUCCAUCCAGAAACCUCUUCCCGAUCAGAGCUCUUCUCCUUCUUCUCCUCCAAUCACUCCUCUCAAGAAGCUCUCUUCCGAUUCCUUGCAGUACGAGAGCGGCUCUCUUGGCGCCGUCCUGGACAAGACGACGGCAGCGGGCGUUGAGAAAGUCAGUGGGCCCAAUGCCAUGUGCUACCUCACCAACAUACUUUCAUCCAAGGUCUAUGACGUUGCCAUUGAGUCACCGCUGGAUUAUGCGCCCAAGCUCUCGGAUAGGAUCGGGGUCCAUGUCUGGCUCAAGAGGGAGGAUUUGCAACCUGUUUUCUCAUUUAAGUUGCGAGGAGCAUAUAAUAUGAUGGCCAAGCUUUCUAGAGACCAGUUGGAUAGGGGAGUUAUCUGCUCAUCAGCUGGAAACCAUGCUCAAGGAGUUGCAUUGGCUGCACAAAAACUAAAUUGCGAUGCAGUGAUAGUUAUGCCUGUUACAACACCAGAGAUCAAGUGGAAAUCUGUUGAGAGAUUAGGUGCAACUGUUGUUCUCAUCGGGGAUUCUUAUGAUGAAGCACAAGCAUACGCUAAACAACGGGGUGAGCAGGAUGGUCGCACGUUCAUUCCUCCUUUUGAUCAUCCUGAUGUCAUCAUGGGCCAGGGAACUGUUGGCAUGGAGAUAGUUCGGCAAUUAAAAGGUCCAUUACAUGCAAUCUUUGUACCUGUGGGUGGUGGUGGAUUAAUAGCAGGCAUUGCUGCUUAUGUGAAGAGAGUUCGACCAGAGGUAAAAAUCAUUGGAGUGGAGCCCUUUGAUGCAAAUGCAAUGGCUUUGUCUUUGCAUCAUGGGCAGAGAAUCAUGCUGGAGCAAGUUGGAGGUUUUGCAGACGGUGUAGCUGUGAAAGUGGUUGGAGAAGAAACUUUUCGCUUAUGCAGAGAAUUGGUAGAUGGAGUGGUUCUUGUCAGCCGUGAUGCCAUUUGUGCCUCAAUAAAGGACAUGUUCGAGGAGAAAAGGAGCAUUCUAGAACCAGCAGGUGCACUUGCCCUAGCUGGAGCAGAAGCUUACUGCAAGUACUAUGGUCGGAAGGGUGAAAAUGUUGUAGCAAUAACCAGUGGGGCCAACAUGAACUUUGAUAGGCUGAGGUUGGUGACUGAACUUGCUGAUGUUGGUAGGCAACGAGAGGCUGUACUAGCUACUUUUAUGCCAGAGGAUAAAGGGAGCUUUAAAAGAUUCUGUGAACUGGUUGGUCCAAUAAAUAUCACCGAAUUUAAAUACAGAUAUGAUGCCAGGAAAAACGAAGCUCUUGUUUUGUACAGUGUUGGUGUUCAUACGGUUGCUGAACUUGAAGCCAUGGUUGAACGGAUGGAAUCUUCCCAACUCCGAACUAUUAAUCUCACAAAUAAUGACUUGGCAAAAGAUCAUCUGCGACAUCUUAUGGGAGGCCGCUCGAAUGUUGAAAAUGAGAUACUUUGUAGGUUCACCUUCCCUGAGAGGCCUGGCACUCUGAUGAAAUUCUUGGAUGCCCUCAGUCCUCGCUGGAACAUUAGCUUGUUCCAUUACCGAGCGCAGGGUGGUACAGGUGCAAAUGUAUUGGUGGGUAUCCAAGUUCCAAUCAUGGAGAUGAAUGAGUUCCAGCAACGUGCCAACAGUCUUGGGUAUGAGUACGUGAUUGAGAUGAACAAUGAGGCAUUGCGGCUUUUGAUGCAUUGAGUAGGGAGGAUCAGAUGUGAACUUCCUGCAAUGGGAAGCUAGGCGAGGCCUACCGUGAUGUUUUUGAGAUAUUCACCCCAUCGAUCCGUUUUUCCAGAUCAUAUUAGGUCAUGGGCCCAAAAAUGAGGCGAAUCCAACAUGAUCUGGAAAAAUGGAUGGAAGGGGUGGAUAUCGUACAAACAUAAUGGUGGGCCCCACCUAGCUUUCCGUCAUGCAGGAAGUUCCUGCGAAAGGCCUUAGCCGGGAAUAGGAGGAUCCAACAAGAGGCUUUUUACUAAUUAGAUGCCUCAUUCAAUGAAGAGCUUGUUUGGGGUUUGUUUUUGUCAUGGGAGCAACAGUAGGAGAGCAGCAGAGGGCCAAACAGCCAGAGGAGGAAGUCACGCCUUUGUUCUUUUCAUGUCGAGCUCCUGUUCCUUCCAUUCAGCUGUAUUUAUUGCAAUUGUUCAUUGGUGGAUCUUCAUUGCUUCUUACGGUUUUGAGACCUUGUCUUUCUAUGGAUCUUUGUUUUAUGCUGGGAUCUAAAUUAGCCAUUAUGAAAGACUCAAUUCAUUUA